AUGUUUCUCAAUAGAUUGUUAAUAUUUAAAACUAUAAAUAACCUAAAUAGACGAAAUUUUACAACAUUUGAUGUGUUUAAGAAAUUACAAGAUUCUAACACCGAUAAUGGUAAAGUGGAUGAAGAAACCAGAAAACCUUCCUUAAAAGUUAUAAAAUUAGUGGACGAGAUCCUCAAUUUAACCCUAAUUGAGGUGGCAGAUCUGUGUAACCUUUGCCAAGAUAAACUUUCCACUAAAAAUAUCGGCAAUAGAUUGCCGUUUCCACAUCCAAACUCAUUUUUUCAAUACAAUGGAUUCGUCGGCGGUAACAUGAACUUCACACCACCUCCUCCUUCUCCAUCUCCCACCAACACUUCUGAUUCUACACCAAAGGAAGCUAAUGCUAGUCCUAAGGAGGAAGUUGUGAAGGAAAAGGCGCCUUUGAAGAGGACUAUAAAAUUGGUUGGGUUCGAUAAAGAGAAGAAGAUUGAUGUAAUAAAAACCAUCAGAACAAUAUUAAAUAUUUCACUAAGAGAGUCUAAGGAAUUGAUAGAAUCUUAUCCCAAAGUUAUUAAAAAAAGUACUUUUCCACAAUUAACAAAAUUAUAUACCAUAGAUAACUAG